UUAAACAAGCCCACCGUUGCCAUUUCAAAUGCGCCUCCCCCGCACGUCACACGAGAACUCCGGCCUCUCUCUCUCUCUCUCUCUCUCUCUCUCUCUCGAUCCCCAUUGCUUUGGUUGUAAGGGGGAUUGGUGAGCAUUCGGGGAGCAUCGAUCGCUAUGUCUUCUUCUUCCGGAAAGAUUUUAGGAUUGAGAGGAGGCCUAGCGCUGAAGGAGCUCCGAGUUGAUCAAAGCAUCAGCGACGAGCUCGCUCUCAGGAAAGCUGAAGAAGCUGCUUCAAGAAGGUACCAAGCGGCAGAAUGGCUGAGGCAAAUGGAUCAGGGAGCAGCCGAAACCCUGCCAAAAGAGCCGACGGAGGAGGAAUUCUGCCUGUCUCUGCGCAAUGGACUGAUUCUGUGCAACGUCCUCAACCUAGUAAAUCCAGGCGCUGUGCCGAAGGUUGUAGAGAAUCCAGUUAUUACUGUCCAGUCAAUAGAUGGAGCAGCUCAAUCUGCGAUUCAAUAUUUUGAAAAUAUGAGGAACUUUCUUGUCGAGGUUAGGAGCAUGAAGCUGCUGACAUUUGAAGCAUCCGAUUUAGAAAAGGGUGGAUCAUCAGCCAAGGUCGUUGAUUGUAUUCUUUGCCUCCAAGGAUAUCAUGAAUGGAAGCUAGCUGGUGGAGUUGGUGUGUGGAGGUAUGGUGGAACUGUUAAGAUCACAAACAUGAGUCGAGGACUCCCUUCCUCACUUCUUAGUGGAAGUUCUGACGAGUCAGUAGAUGAUUAUAACUUGCAAAAUAACCAACAAUUAUCAGAAUUUCUACAUUCAACCACUGAGGCUACUUUAGAAGACUCCAGAUCAACUGAUGCCCUUGAUAUCAUCUUUAACCAAUUUGGAACCCAACUUAUAAAAGCUGUAUUUUCAGAAAGUAGUGAUGCAGAAGAGUUUCCUGUGAAGGAAAAAGUAGGUAAGUUCAUUGAUUUGGUGCUUGACCAAGCUGUCAAAGAGUUUUAUAUUCAUCUCAUAUCACAUAAAAAUAAGCUUGGCUUGCUAUUGAGGAAGGAAAUGAAGAGUGAAAGAAGAACCAUGACAAAAGCUCAUUUGAUAGAAGUUGUUUCAAAGUUUCUCAUUGAAAAUAUUGGUAGCUCAUCUCUUUCGACUAAGUUGUACUCGCAGUCUGGUAGACCAAGUAAAGAUAAAGAGGACAAACUUGAUGAUCAACAAAAGUAUCUAGAGAAGUUGAAAGUUUCUUUUGGUAAAAUGAAAGAUGAGGUUGAAUGCAAACACAAGAAAUGGAAAGAGGACCUUGAAAAUCUCGAAUGCAAUAUACAAGGUCUUAAAGCAAACACUUCUUCAUAUUUAAAAUUGCUCGAAGAAAAUAGGAUGCUUUACAAUCAAGUCCAAGAUCUUAAAGGUAACAUUAGAGUCUAUUGCCGAGUGAGGCCAUUCCUACAACACUCCGAUAGAAGAUCAGUUGUUGAGCAUAUUGGAGAAAAUGGAAAUGUUAUAAUUAUGGAUCCUAGUAAACAGGGAAAAGAUUCAAGGAAAAUUUUCUCUUUCAACAGAGCUUUUGGAGCAAAUGCCACUCAAUCGGAAAUCUACGCUGACACUCAGCCAUUGAUCAGAUCUGUUCUUGAUGGUUAUAAUGUUUGUAUUUUUGCCUACGGACAAACAGGAUCUGGGAAGACAUACACAAUGAGUGGUCCAGAUAUAAAGUCAGAAAGUACAAUGGGUGUGAACUAUCGAGCAUUAGAUGACUUGUUCCAUAUAUCACAGUCAAGACAAGGUAUUAUCUCAUAUCAAUUGAGCGUUCAAAUGAUUGAAAUUUACAAUGAACAAGUGAGGGAUCUUUUAGUGGCUGAUGGUUCUGACAGAAGAUUAGAUAUACGGAACUACUCUCAAUUAAAUGGCCUCAAUAUUCCCGAUGCAAGUUUAGUUGCUGUUACAUGUACUCAAGAUGUUCUUGAAUUGAUGAAAGUUGGUCAGAGAAACCGUGCAGUUGGUGCUACUGCACUCAAUGAUCGCAGCAGCCGCUCUCAUAGUGUUUUGACAAUUCAUAUCCAAGGGAAGGAAUUAGCUUCUGGUGCGAAGCUAAAGGGCUGUCUUCAUCUGGUUGAUCUUGCUGGAAGUGAGAGGGUAGACAAAUCUGAAGCUACUGGGGAUAGAUUAAAAGAAGCUCAAUACAUAAAUCGGUCAUUAUCUGCACUUGGAGAUGUUAUCUCAGCACUUGCGCAGAAAAGUUCCCACGUUCCAUACAGAAAUAGCAAACUCACUCAAGUUCUACAAGAUGCAUUAGGUGGUCAAGCCAAAACCUUGAUGUUUGUUCAUGUAAACCCGGAAGCUAAUGCAUUUGGGGAAACCAUUAGCACACUCAAGUUUGCUGAACGUGUUGCAUCGAUUGAGCUUGGGGCAGCUCAGGUUAACAAGGAAGCUGGCCAAGUUAUAGAGCUCAAAGAAGAGAUAUCGAGAUUAAGAACUGCACUUGAGAGCAAGGAGACUGAGCUGAAGCAGUUGAAAAUUCAAACACGCCGUAUUGGCUUUGAGGUGCAAAAGACAGAAAUUAGAUCACCAUUAGAGCUAAGCGUGAAGAGAAGACCUGAAUAUUGUCAACAAUCAAACCAUGAAUUUAAAAAACUGGAGCCAAGAAGCUGCUCAUCGGUGAAACAGCAAAACCCCCUCUGCUCCUCUGUGAUAUCCUCCAGUAAAAAAGUUGGUGCAAAACCUCUUUUCAUUUCUGGCGAAAGCUGUGAGUCCACAAAUUUGAGGUUCGAGUCGCCUCAAAUAAGAAGAUCAAUAUCUGCUGACCGCGCUCCCCUCAUGAGGAGAAAGACCAAGGCGGAAACUCCCAGUGAGAGGACGCCAUUGAAAUUGCAGUUCAUGGAGAAAACACCAUCAAGCAAAUCCAAUGCAAAUGAGAAUUUAAGCCGGUGCUGGGAUCCACACGAGAUUAGCAAUCUGAGAAAUGACAGCCCCAAGCAAGCAGACAAGCAAUUCAAACCAGGAGUUCAGUUCAGACAUGCAGAAAUACAAAGAAACACAACUGAGAAUAAGCCCAGGGUGAAACAAGAAGAAUCAAUCAAAUUGCAGAUGUUUGAUACUGAUACCACAACAACAAUGUUGUCACAGAAGAACUGUGAACCUUCGGAGACAGAAAAUGUCUGUACCCUUAUCGAGUCCCCUAAUGAUUGUAAUUACAAACUAAAGAAAUUUCAGCACAAUCCGAGGAUAUCGCCGAGUGUUAAACUAAGGGCAGAGGAGUUACUGCCGAAUGGUAAGAAGGCAAACAAUGUGAAGGAACGCUUUAAUCCAAUGGCACCUGAACUGAGUAGCAGUAAACAUUUCCCUCGUGGAAAAUUCACGUUGUAAAAGUGCCUGCCAUUUUGUGGUUGGUCAUAGGUAAACAUUAAUUGAUAUUUUUAUUAUUUUAAUAAAAAAAAUUGCAUUUGCA